UUCUGCAGCACAUUUCCUUGGCUGCAGAGUAUUUUUUAAAGCAAAGGGGACCCCUCAAACUGCACACUCGGCUCAGAAGAGCCACUUUAGUGCAAAGAGAGCAGCAGGAACUGAGGUCACUGCCCACCAAAGCAUCUCCAGCCAACCCACACAGCAUCCUACCUGCACUGAACAGCAGCUGCUAAAGAGAGGAGCUGGCUCUGAGAACCCCAGGGGCCGAAAAUGGGAAGAUGCCUGAGUUUCAACCGUAACCACUGGUUUAUCGGCCUGUUCUUCUUCAGCUGUCUGAGCCAUUUGGGCCUUGCCCAGUAUGAGCACUGGCCCUACUAUUCCGGCUACCCUGAGCAACCCCCUCCAGAAUACCAUGCCCCUCAGCAGCCAGCCAACGUCCCCAAGAUUCAGCUGCGGCUGGCCGGGCAGAAGCGGAAGCACAACGAGGGGCGGGUGGAAGUGUUCUACAGCGGGGAGUGGGGCACAGUGUGUGACGACGACUUCUCCAUCCACGCCGCUAACGUGGUGUGCAAAGAGCUGGGGUAUGUGGAGGCUGUGUCCUGGGUGUCAAGCUCCAAGUAUGGAAAAGGAGAAGGCAAAAUCUGGAUGGACAAUGUCCACUGUACUGGUAAAGAGGUGACACUGGCAGCAUGUACCACAAACGGCUGGGGCGUCACAGAUUGCAAACACACAGAAGACGUGGGAGUCGUUUGCAGUGAAAAGAGGAUCCCUGGCUUCAAGUUUGACAAGCCGUUUCUCAACCAAAUAGAGAACAUGAACAUCCAGGUGGAGGACAUAAGGAUCCGAGCUAUUCUUGCUACCUACCGCAGGCGUGUGCCUGUUACAGAGGGUUACGUGGAGGUGAAAGACGGAGGGAACUGGAAGCAGAUCUGUGACAAACACUGGACUGCGAAGAAUUCCCGAGUUGUCUGCGGCAUGUUUGGAUUUCCGGGCGAGAGGAAAUACAAUGCCAAGGUCUACAAGAUGUUUGCCAGCAAGAGGAAGCAAAAUUAUUGGGCUUACUCCAUGGACUGCACUGGCAACGAAGCUCACAUCUCCAGCUGCAAACUGGGCAACCAUCUCAGUGUGGAUGCAGAGAAGAAUAUCACCUGUGAAAAUGGGAUGCCUGCCGUGGUGAGCUGCAUCCCUGGACGUGCCUUUGCUCCCAGCAGCAACAGUGGCUUCCGAAAAGCCUUCAGGCAGGAGCAGCCAUUGGUCAGGCUGAAAGGCGGGGCCAAGAUUGGAGAAGGCAGAGUGGAAGUGCUGAAGAAUGGGGAAUGGGGAACUGUUUGCGACGACCAAUGGAACCUGAUUUCAGCCAGUGUGGUCUGCCGAGAGCUGGGUUUCGGGAGCGCCCAGGAGGCUAUAACAGGCGCACGGCUUGGGCAAGGAAUGGGUCCCAUUCACCUAAAUGAAAUAGACUGUACCGGGUUUGAAAAAUCCGUAACAGACUGCAAGUUCAACACAGAGUCACUGACUUGUAACCAUGAAGAAGAUGCUGCUGUAAGGUGCAAUGUUCCAGCCAUGGGUUUCCAGAAUCAGCUGCGUCUGAGCGGUGGCCGUAACCCCUACGAGGGCCGGGUCGAAGUCCUCAUGCAGCGCAAUGGCACUCUGAAAUGGGGGACUGUCUGCAGCCAGAACUGGAGCACGGUGGAAGCCAUGGUGGUAUGUCGCCAGCUAGGCCUCGGCUUUGCCAGCCACGCCUUUCAGGAAACUUGGUACUGGCACGGAGACGUCAGUGCCAAUGAUGUUAUUAUGAGUGGCGUGAAGUGUUCUGGGACAGAGAUGUCCCUGGCGCACUGCCGGCAUGAUGGCGCCCAGGUGUCGUGCCCCAGAGGCGGUGGCCGCUUUGCUGCGGGAGUUUCCUGCUCAGAAACUGCCCCAGAUCUGGUGCUCAGUGCUGAAAUUGUGGAGCAAACCUCCUACUUGGAGGACCGCCCGAUGUUCUUGCUGCAGUGUGCACUUGAGGAGAACUGUCUGGCCACCUCGGCUGCCAACACAUCCAUUUCCACUGGCUACAGGCGGCUCCUGCGCUUCUCCUCCCAGAUCCACAACAACGGGCAGGCUGACUUCCGCCCCAAGAACGGCCGCCACGCCUGGAUUUGGCACGACUGUCACAGACAUUAUCACAGUAUGGAGGUUUUCACACACUAUGAUCUGCUGAACCUCAAUGGUACCAAGGUGGCCGAAGGACACAAAGCCAGUUUCUGUUUGGAAGACACUGAAUGUGAAUCAGAUGUGGAGAAACAAUAUGAAUGUGCUAAUUUUGGGGAACAAGGAAUCACAGUGGGAUGCUGGGAUGUCUAUCGUCAUGAUAUUGACUGCCAAUGGAUCGACAUUACUGAUAUCGCACCAGGAGAUUACCUCUUCCAGAUUGUCAUUAACCCAAACUAUGAAGUUGCAGAAUCGGAUUAUUCGAACAAUGUGAUGAAGUGCAAGAGCCGGUAUGACGGACAGCGCAUCUGGAUGUACAACUGCCAUAUAGGUGACUCUUUAGGCCAAGAAAUGGAACAGAAGUUUGAUCACUUCAGCGGACUCACAAAUAACCAAGUGUCCAAGCGGUAGAGCUGCUGGCCUCCCACCCACUA